CCUUCAGCCUGCCCCACGGUUUUGUCUUUUGUUCGAAACGGACGACAAUCGAGUGUUGUUGAUGUUGAUGUGUUUGUGUUAUCGUCAUCGCGAUAUCAUUUUAUUUUUCACUAUCACAUGACAUAAUAAUAAUAAUAAUAUUGCAAUGCGCUUAAACCAACAUUAAUGGCCUGUGCAAGACUCGUAUUAUUAUCGAAGCAAUAAAAUUACUCGAAUUACAAUUUGUUCUGUCGUUUAACGUUCGUCGGCGGUUUUAUUAUCUUAUCUGCAAAACUAAACACACAACAUACAGUCCACUUCCACUGGAAUUUGAAGGUAACUGGCAGUUUUGUGUUUUCAAUAAAUCGUUAAUUACGUUUAUAGACUAUAAUAUAAGUAUUUAUAUAAUAUUAUAUUCCCGCUCUUGUCUAAUAUAAUGUCGAUGGUUCGUGUUCUUGUUGUCGGUUUCCCGGUGCGAGACUCUAUGUGUGCACAGAAUAUAAGUAUCCCGGACGUUGAUCAUACAACAAUAACGUGGAUGACAACGAAUUGGUGGACAUGAGUACGUUUGGACAAUUAAAUAUUCGCUCGUCCACUGAUUAUCGACAAUAUUAAUAUGUUUUAAAAUUUAAAUCCUAUUAGGGUUUCAUCUUUCAUUUUAAGGGGUUUUAAAUUUUUGCACUUUAUCGUUCUUUUCAGAUUUGGCAAGAACUAUUAUGUGUAUUAUAUGUAUAUGUUAUCUAUAUAAUAUGUAUGCUCGUCUGUUUCAGCUUACGGACCCUUGUUUUACACCCAACGUCGCAGUAAAAUGAGCGGCCAACAUUUAGCUGACAGUACUUCUUCAGCGAGUACCGGCAAUCAUAGUCCCGUCGACACUAGAUCACCUACGUCCGUUGCGAAGCAACAUAGCUAUGAACAGAUUGACCAUGCACACUUUUUGGCCAAUGACAUUGGCACUCUUUAUCUAAAUGACAGGUAAGACACGAUAAUGAUUUAUUUUUCUUGUGCAAAAAUUAGGUAGGUAGGUAUGUAACUAUUUUUUAUUCUGAUUCAAGCCAUUUUUUGUUUUCUUAGAUAUUUUUACAGUAGGUAAAUGUUUCAUUUUGAGACCUAGGACUUGAUUCAAAGGUAUGAUUUACCUAUGAUAAAUCAAUCUAUUUUCAGAUUUUCUUAUUUUAUACUGUAAAAUUUAUUUCCAUAAUAACAUUCUACAAAUAAAAUCAUAAUUCUAGUUUAACAACCUUUCGAUUAUUUUUUGAAAUUGUGUGUUUUCAUAUUUAUAUUGUAUGAAUUCUGACUUCAUUUGGUAAGUAGUGAUGAGGGAAAGUUUUCAAAAAGUUAAGAUUUUCUAUAGCUACCUAUCUAAUGCAAUUUUUUUCUACAAUUAUAAUUAUAAUUUAACAUUUUUAUACUUAUUUUUUCAAUUAUCAGUAAUAAAAUUAUACAUAAAUUUGGUAUUUUCCUUUCCCUACAUCCUCCCUUUGAGAGAUUAAUUUUUGUACUUAUUAUUAAGGUACCUAUAUAUACAAAAAUAAAAAAUGUAAAUAUUAAAUUUUAAUCAUUUUUUUAUGUAUAAAAAAAAUAUGUACCUAUUAUACUAAAACCAAACUUUUUGAAGUUUUCUUUCAUUUCUUCAAAAUUAUUCUUAAUUAUAUUUAAAUAUUUUAGGCAUUCUUACAAUGUUACAUUUUUACUAUAUUCUUACAAUAUAACCUACAAAUCAAUGGUGAAUACAUGUAAUAAACCCAAAAUAACAGGUACAUUUUAUAUAUUAUAAUAUAUGUGUAUCUAUUUACAUAUGGCUAUUGUUUCAAUGGUUUUUCUUUUGUUAUUGAUAUUUCAAUAAAAUUCAGUCACCAAGAUAAUCAAAUAAAUCACACAACUAGAAAAAUAUAAUGAAACAUGACAAAAUCAGCCGAACUGAUUGUGUAAAAUAUCAAUUAUUCCUAUUCCUAUCGGUAGUGGAUUUACUUGGGAGAGAAUCAGAGAUUUUAGACAUCAAACACUGAUAUAAUUUCAAUAAAAUAAUGUCUUAAAAAGAGGCAUACAUUUAUAGAUAGCUUUUAAAUACAUAUGAUUUUUCAGGACCUCUUCCAGAAAAAUGUUGAAAAUUUGCUACUGAUUCCUAUACAAUACAAUUUAUAUUUUUGACAUUCAAAAUACUAAGCAUAUAGGUAAACCAUAAUGUAUAAAGGCCAACAUUAGGUAUAUUAUUUUAAUACAAACUAAAUAUUGUAGAUCACAUGCUAAAAUGAUAGUAACAGUAUGUAGGUCACACACUGUAACAAAAAUAUUGCUAUAGAUCACAUAUUGUAAGAAUGCCAUAUUAAACAUUCAAAAAUGUUGUUGAAAAAAAAAAAUCAAAACGUUGCCAACAUUGUUUUAAAUCAAAUUGUACCUAGGUAAUUAUUCAGUAUUAAAAUUUAAAAUUAGAAAAUGUUGUCUAUUUGUAUUUUAAUAAUAUUUUAUUAGUUGUAGGUUAUUUUGAAAUUAAAAAUUUUAUGUUAUGAUUAAUAAUUAAUAAUGAAUUACUUUUAAAGUAUAAAAUUAAUCUUUUUUAGAUUUUUUUUUUUGUUGAAUUCUGGGUCUAAUUUGGUACAAGGGGAAACAUGACUUAUCUUAUUUGUAAAUUGAGGAGUUCCACCCAAAAUUAGUUUCUGACUGCAAUCAUUUAUCUCUGCUUUCAGUAUCUAUAUAGCUUCCCGAUAGUGGCUUACCUAUAGUGGUAAUAUGUUGUCUUUUUAAUUUAUAUUAUGUUAUUAGGAUUUAAGCUCUUAAAAUUUUAAGAAUGUCAUUAAAAAAAAAAGUACUUCACUGUACACAAAUUAAGUAAACACAAUUGAACUAAAAAAAAAAAAACAAUAUAGAGAGUAGUAGUGGAGCACUAAUAAAAUGUUGUGCGCUGAGCCACCACACAAAUGAUGCCCCACUACUCCUCUCCUUACUUAAAUUUAAAAGUGAAAUAUCUAGUUAAUGGUUUGUUAAUGGAAAUCAUAAAUGUUGACACUAAAAUUUAUCUAAAGUAAUACGCAUUCUAUUUAUGUAAUUUUUAAUAUAUGUAAAUGUUGAGAAAAAAUCUAAGUAUUAGAAAAUAUCGGCUUUAGCUACACUUAAAAAUUUAAAAAAUCAGAAUUAGAAUAUGAGUGAGUUAUCCUGUAUUUUAAAAAUGUGAUGGUGUAGUUAUGAUUAUGAGAAAUUACUGUUCAUUUGUAUAUAAUGAAGUUAACUUUAUUGAUACAAAUUGUUAAUAUAACAAAAAAUAAAAACAUUACAUUAGGCGACUCUAUUUUUUGAAUUGUAUUAAUCUACAGAUCCCCAAAUAGAAAUGCUAAUAUAUUUCUUGAGUAAUUACAUGACCUUAUCUCUAUUUAAUCGAUGAAAACCAAAGUAACAAUAUAAUCUUCUGUUGUGAUUAUUGGACAUUGAUUUAUUAAAUAACGAGUAAUUUAUAAAUAACUACACGAGCUUAAUGCUAUAUUAUGGCUAUACUUCUUAUAUUAUUUUACUAACACUUAUUUGUGAUAUUGGAGAGUCGUGCAGUGACCACUUAUUUAUAAGGAAAAUAUGUAAUUAUAAUAUUGAUGAGGCAUUUAUCUUGAACUCAUCAAUCACAGACCAUUUUCCUAUAUUUUUACAAAUAAAUUAUGUAACACCACUAAAAUAAUAAGUAACAGAAAAGAACUCACUUUGGCAAAAACAUUUUCAAAUUAUUAAUAAAAAAGAACAACAGAAAAUAUAAUAACUUUAUCAAUGAUAAACUUGAAUCAUAUAUCUAUAAAAUAAAAUAAAUAAUAAAUAAAUCUCACAGUAUUUCAAUGUAUAAAAAAAUAUCUUAUAUAAAACCUUAGAUUACAAAAGGUAUAUUAAAUAGUAUAAAAAGAAGAGACUUAUUAUAUGCACAGCCUAGAAAAAAGCCAUAUUACUUAAAAAUACAGAAAUAAAUUAAAUAGUGUUAUAAAAUCAUAGACCAUUAGGUCUCCUGACAACUUUCUCUAAAAUAUUUAAAAAGGUAGUUAAAAUAAGAUUGCUUAAUUAUUUAAUUUUUAUAAAUAAACCUCGAAAUACUAUCAAUACUAUAUACUAUUUUAGCUUUAUAUUUUAAUUAAUAUUUGAUUACUAAAUCAUAUAAUUGUUUAAUAUUACUAUAUUAUUAUUAUUAUUAUUAAUAUUCAAUUGAUUGAUUUGUUUAUGUUGUUUUGUUCUUCUAAUUUUUCUUUUAUAGAGUCGUUCGCCUAUCAAAACAAGGAUUUCAUACUUAGUGAUAGUCGAUGAAAUACAAUUUUUAAAUAUUUGUAAUUGUUUACAGUUUUUCAAAUCAAUAGUGCUAAAUAAAUAAUAAUUAUUUAGUUGUUGUUAUACAAGAAGUUUGACAGCAACAAUCUAUUAAUUACAUACAUUUGACAGAAACAUAUAAAAUAUUUUAUUUCCUCGUUUUAUUUUUAUUUACAGGAAAUUAUAAUUACCUAGCCAUAAUUUUUACAAUAGUAGCCUGAAAUUGUUUAUAUAUAUAUAUAUAAAAAAAACUGAAUCAAUUAAAAAAAUCAAUUUGUUUAAAUAGGAUAAAUUUUUAACUAUAUUUUUUUGUUUUUCAGAUUUUCCGAUAUUGUAUUAGUAGUUAAUGGUGAACGUUUUCAUGCACACAGAGUGGUUUUGGCUUCAAGGAGUGAUUAUUUUAGGUAAAUAUAAUACAGUACUAUAGUCGCUAUUGAAUGUAUUUAUAAAAAAAGUAUUUUUAAUAUUCAUGUUAAUUUGAUGUUAACCUUGUUAACAGAUAUAUUUUUCUUAAAAGUAAAUCAGAAAUAAUUUGUUUAAAUAUAUUUUUGUUAUAACUAGAAACCAGUUUUUUAAUUUAAUACUCAGGAAACAGAAAAGUAUAAUUUAAUAUUGGAAAUUAGGUUUGAUUAAGUGGUUUGGUUAUUACACAGGUUACUACUAAAGAAUGUUAUUAUUGCCGAAGUGAUGUUUUUUAGUGAAUUACUAAUGCUUGUAUUUAUCGCCCCAGUUUUAAUAUGUUAAUCAUACAGAGAAAUUAUGGUUUUUCAUAUUUCGCACAAAAUGUUUUGUUCAUUGUAUGAACAUAAAAAAUUAUAGAUUGAACAUUUGCAUAUUAAAUAGAAUUAUUUUGGUAUUAAAAUUUAUAAAAUUAUAAAUUCUUUUCAAUGAAAACAAUGUAUUAUUCUGGUGCCAAAAAUCAAAAUUACAUGUUACCAUGGUUAUUUCAUAUGACAAUGAAAUAAAAUGAAAUUGAUAUCAAAAUAAAAAUGUUAUCUUCACGUUUAUGAGUACCUAUCAUAUUUAAGUGUGUCGUCAUCAUAGAUAAUACAAUGUUCUAUAAGUAUUAUCUUUUGUCGUCUUUGGUACAAAAAAGGUUGAGAACCACUGGUGUAGAUCACUGUGUAUCAAUAAGUAAAUAGGAAAAUGUGAUAAUACCUACCAUUUAAUGAAUGAUGGAACCCGAGAGCUAUUGGUGGCACCCCUAAGCUGUUAAAAAAAAUUGCAUGCCCAAUUAAAAAUAAAGAAUAAAGUCUAAUUAUUAAUUUGUUAGUUUUAUAGAAUUUAUUACAAACAUUUUUAAAUAUGUAUUAUAUUAGUACAGGAAUAAAUGUAGACUAAUAAUCUUUAGUAAUGUUUGUUCUAAAAUCAAAUUAUUUAUUAAUAAAAAUGGAUUAAAUUAUUAUGUAACUUUAAAAUAUUCUUAGGUAUACAUAAUGUAUAAUGUAUAUAUGAAUGUUGUCCAGACCUUCGGAUUUAUUCAACUGGUUUUUUAUUAUUUUUAUAAUCUCAAACAUAUCUCCCAAAUAGCGUCAAUUAUUCCGAACUGUUUUUAUUUGCUGACGAAUCAAAACUUUUAAGUGUCAUAAAUACAAAUCAGAACGUAAUUAACUUACAGAGUAAUAUUUAUAACCUAGAGAAAUGGUCUGUAAAUAACUGCCUUGCUUUAAAUAUUGAGAAGUAUGAAUUCAUGCCCUACACUUUAAUAAAAACCCAAUUAAUUUUGAUUAUUCUAUAUCAGGAACAAUUAUUGAGUUGGUACAUAAUUUAAAAGAUCUUGGGGUGAUAUUUAACUCUAAAUUGAAUUUAUCCAACCACAAUAAACAAAUAAUAAAGCAAUGCGUAAUUUAGGUUUCAUUAAAAGAACAUGUUAUCAUUCAAUGAUCCAACUGCCCUGAAAAAACUUUACUGCUUUCUUGGUUGUUCAAAUCUCUAAUAUUGCCCUCUAAUUUGGAAUAAUAAUACAGUUAAACAGAACGGAAUUAUUGAGUCAGUACAGAAUAAUUUUUUACAAUUCAUUUCUCAUCAAUUCCUAGGCCUAUUCAAGAGUUAUACCAUUAUGUUCUUAGCUUUUUGAAUUUAUUUUCACUAAACAGCAGGUGUUAGAUUUUACUCUCUAAAUUUGUACAUAACUUAAUAUUAGGUUAUAUUUAUUGUGUUGAAAACCUUUCCCUGAUCAGAUUUAAAUUAAAUUCCAUCAAUACUUAGGAUCCUAAAUCUUUUUAUCAAAUGUUUUCUAGUAGGAACUAUAUCAUGAAUUGUCCCGCCAAUCUUCUAAUGACUACGGGUAAUAUAUUUGUAUUAGACUAUUAUUAGCGAUUCUUGAGUUUAAUAUAUUUAAAUUAUAAAUCAAGAUUAAAAUGUAUUUAUUUUUAAUACUUUUUUUCUGCCUUAGUUAUUAGUAUAUUUUUAAUUUAAUUUGUAAUUGCAUUUUACAUUGCUAUAUUGUAAUAGAAAUCACAGUCUGUAUCUUUAUAUUCUUCUUGUAUAUUUGGAGUAAAUAAAUAAAUAUUAAUAGUUUUACAUUUUUUUUUUUUUAAAGUGAAUACCUUAUUUAUUUUUAAUGUGAUAUUUGAUUCUAUCUUUUCUUUACUAAUUUUUAGUUAUUGUAUUGUAGCAUGGAAUGUAUUAGUUUUAAUUUUUUAAUUUUUGUACAGGUUUAGUCCAUUUAUGGAAAUAAAACUAUUAGUUACUUUAAAAAAAAAACUUAAAAUUGUUUAUAUAAGAUUUAAUUUUAAAUUGUACUUAUUCAUAAAAAAAAAGAAUUGAUCAUGAUGCUAUAAUAUAUUUUGUAAUUAAAAACUAAUACAAUUUUCAAUUUAAAUUUAUCAUAAAAUUUAUAACCGAACUUUUUUUUUUUAAAUGUUUUAUUGUAAGUUCAUUUAUGUACUGCUUAAUGAAAAAAAAAUAUACAAUUAUAUAUAUAUAUGUAUUAUUAAUUAGUUUUCUUAUUUUUAGAGCUUUAUUGUAUGGUGGCCUUAAAGAAUCUCACCAAUCUGAAGUGGAAAUUAGUGAUGCAUCUGUAAAUUCCUUUAAAAAACUUUUGGAAUAUAUUUACUCAGGACGUAUGAAUUUAAGUAUAUUAAAGGUGGAAUUGAUUUUUAUUAACUAAAUUGUAUAACAAUGAGAACCUCAUUUUGUGAACAGUAAUUAUUAUUAUUUUUUUAGGAUGAAGUAAUUUUAGAAAUAUUUAGUUUAUCAAAUUUAUUUGGUUUUACUAAUUUGGAACUUUCUUUAUCCAAGUAUUUACGUAGUAACAUCAAUGUGUAUAAUGUGUGCUCCAUGUUUGCUGCAGCACGUUUAUAUCAACAUAAAGCAUUAGUUACUGAAACACUGAAUUUUACCGACAAUCAUGCAUUGGAAGUACUUCAAUCUGAAGCUUUUCUAUCCUUAUCACCAGUGAGUUACCUUAAAUAAUAAACUUUGAAAGUUGUACAAUAUGAUUAUUGUUGAACAACAUAUUUUUUAGGAACUGCUUCAAGAAAUCCUUAAUAGAGACUCGCUGUACGCUUAUGAGUUAGAUAUAUUCCGUGCGGUUUGUCGUUGGAUUAAAGCAAAUCAAGAUGACGAAGACCCUGAGGCUAAAAUUAAAGUUUUGUCUGCUGUGAGGUAUCCCUUGAUGUCUUUGGAUGAAUUACUUUCUGUUGUCAGAGAAUCACAACUUGUCAGUUCUGACAACAUUUUAGAUGCCAUACAAUUAAGAAAUACACUACCAUCACAUAAACUAAAAUUUCGCGGACAACUCAGUAUGUACUAAAUCUCAUUUUUUUUUUUUUCUAAUGAUUUAUCCAAUUGUAUUAAUUACUAAUGUAUAUUAUUUAAUUAAAUAAUUCUUAAUAUAUUUUUAUUUAUUUUAGAACCCAAUUUAAAUAUUGCUCACCCUUCACAAGGUGCUCGAGUACUGCAGGGAGAAAUGCGUUCAGCAUUAUUGGAAUCAGAUUCAAAUGGCCAUGAUCACGAACGAGGAUGUACCAGACAUCUCAUUAAUGAAAACGAUGGUGGUAUUAUGAUUAAGCUUGGUCAUCCUUCAAUUAUUAAUUAUAUGAAAAUGCAACUAUGGGAUAAGGAUCUCAGGUAUAAGAUAAUAUAUAUAUUUUUUUUAAACGUAGAAUAUAUUAUAAUUUAUUAUAUUUUGUUUGUAUUGAAGAUCCUAUUCCUAUUACAUUGAAGUGUCUAUGGAUCAGCAUGAUUGGGUACGUGUUAUUGAUCAUUCAAAUUAUUAUUGUCGUUCUAUGCAACGUUUGUGGAUAUUUCCUAGAGUAGUACGAUACAUUCGUAUUGUUGGAACAAAUAAUACAGUUAAUAAAUGUUUUCACACAGUUUCAAUGGAAAUAAUGUACAAUACUGAAGAAAUCAAUUUAAUAAAUAUUGAAAAAGGAUUAGUAUGUAAGUGUAAAAUUAAAAUAAUAAUGUUAGAAAUAUGGGAAGCUUUGUAGAAACCUGCUGUAGGUAAAUUCUAUAACUCAAUAAGAUUUCUUAAUGACAAUGUUUGAUAAACUAUAUAUAACAUUAAACAAUAACAAUAAUAAUAUUUAAUCUUAUAUUGUAUUAUAGUAUAUUAGUAAAUUUAAUUUGUAUUUUCCCUAAUACAGUAGUGUCUAAUCCGCUGCCUAAAAUAAAAAAAGAAAUACAAAAUAUUUGCGCUUUUUUCUGUUGAACAUUUUUAAAUGGAAAUUUUGCGAUUUAAUAUUGAAGAUCACCCGUACACUUUGAGAGCAUACAGAUCAAAUUAAUGUGUACACUGUAUCAAUCCUUAAUUUUUUUAAUAAUCAACAAAAGAUACGGAAACAAGUCCAAUAUGUACCAACAAUCUACAUGUAUACUUACUUUGUAUAACAAAAUUAUAUAGGUAUAUUGUGUUAUAGUUAAAUGUUUAAAACAAUAUUGGGACGAUAAACCUAAUUGAGAUUAUUCAUACUUUUUUAUUUGGUAGCCCACUCAAAGUUAACUGUUUACCAAAGUGGCCUAUCGAAGAAAAAAGAUUGGGUAUCAUUGCCCUAACUUAUUAGUAGGACAUUAUACUUGCAUUUACUGUUUCAGUCUAACUACCGGGUAAUAUGUAAAAAUAAUGCUUACUCAGAACAAGUAAAACUAGCUUAAUUUUGAUUUUAGAGUAAAAAUACCUAUUAUAAAAUUUAUAGAGAACAAUAUUUUUCAGGGAUUUUUCUUAGAUGAUUUUGAAUUAUGAAUUAAUAUAAAGUAUAUAUUAUUAUAGUUAUAGUUAUUUAAAAAAAAAAAAAAGUUUUUGGUAUCUUUUAUGUAUCGAGCUGUGUAUUUCGAAUAAUACAAAAUUCCAAUGACAUUCCCUCCAAAAUAUUGUCUUCUAUAAAUUUCAUAAUAAACACUUUUACUCUAAAAUAAAAAUCAAGCUGAUUUUAUUUAAUCUGUGUUUUUGCAUGUUACCCAGUAGUUGGACUGAGACAGUAGAUGUAGGUAUAACGUCCUCUUAAAAGUUGUUGUUAAGCUGUGUUAUCGAGUUACAGACUUCACUUAGAAGUACUGGUGACAUAGCGUUAUAAAUUGUUGAUGGUCUCUGUUUGGUCUCCUAAGCUUUCGAGAAAUACAUAUGUUUAAAGGGGUAUGCAUAAGCAACUGGUUAGUGAAAAAUAGAUAACAGUUUUCCUGAAAAGUGCUAUGAGUUUCUCAUAUCUAUAGUAUUUCAUAAAAUUAAACAUCAUGUAUACACUAAUUGAAGCUCUAGGAAUUACAAUCAUAUUGUGAUUCACUUGUAUUAUAAUUGUAAUAAAAGUUUCCAAAUGCAAGUAACAAAAUAUUAAUUUUAAUAUAUAUAAAAAAAAAUUAACUUGUGAUUUUGUAUUCUAAGUAUAUUGUUAAUGUGUACAUUAUAUUUGACCACAUUAUUGAUAAUUAUAAUUAGUGCGUGUGUGUGCUAUAUACUAAAUAUAUAUGUAUUUUAAAUGUAUUACAAUUUUUUUAUAAUUUUAGCUCCAAAAUACAAUGUCGCUACUAUGGCCAUGAAUGCUAUUGUAAUUGAUGGAGUGAGUCGUUGUCGAAAUUCACUCUUGGAUGGAAAUUGUAAAGAUUAUGACUGGGAUUGUGGUUACACCUGCCAUCAGUUAGGUUCUGGAUGUAUACUAGUUCAACUUGGACAACCAUAUAUGCUUAGUUCAAUGAGGUAUGUUUUUUUUCAUUUGAUGGUUUUGAUAUUACAGUGGAGGUACAUUUUUGAGGAGGCAAUAAUUUUGUACCAUUUUAGACACAUUGUUAUGAAUAACCCAGUCCAUGAAUACUUCAUUUUAUUUAAUAUUCAUAUUUUGUCUUUUAAAAUAAGUCAGAGGCUGCUUCACUUUCAUUCUCUUUUAUAAUUAAUGUAACUAGUGAGUUAUGAUUUUGGACUACUAUUUGGUAUAUAUAAUAUACAAUAUAUAUUUAUAAUUUAAACAGAACUGAUUUGCAUAAACCUAUAAAGUGUCUUUUUAGUUUUAAAUUACAAAUAAUUUAAUGUUUAUAAAAUGUAUAUGAGGAAAGUUAUCAUCAAAAAAAUAAAUACAAAUAAAUAGAUGUAUAAAUUAAAAUAAUAAAAAAUGACCUACAAAUGUAUGUAACUAAAAUAAAAGUAUAGUCAUAAAAAAAUACUAAAAAUUGUAACAGUUUAGUUAAUAAUUGACUAGUGUUUUUCUAGUAACAAAAUAAUUAUAUAAAAACAUAAAAAGGAAUAAUAUUAAACUAUCACAGUAUCACACAGAAAACAGAAUAAUAAUUAUUAAUCUUGGUUGUAGAAUGUAGAUAUACAAUUGUGAUAGUAACUUAUUCAGUGAUAACAGUCAUCUGCUCAGCUACGUGACUAUGUGAGCUAAUGGAAGCAAUGGUUAUGUGUAGUCUCCAUCAAGAAUUGCGCAUGCGCAUAUUCAUAUUUUUCAUGUACGUUUGUGUGUAUACAAUUGUGUAAAUUUGUGCACACAUUUAACAUACUGGAGACAGAGGCUGCGGUUGUCUCCUAGGAAGCUUCCAUCAAUACGACACGCAUGGAGGGAUCUCUAUUUUAUAUAGUAUACAACUAUAAACAAUAUUAACAAUAUUAUAUUUGCAUAUUGUGCACACCGCACGGGCAGUCUCUUACCUAUGCGUACUGCACGGUUUUAUUUAAGGACCAAGAUCAAGCAGCAGGCUCGUUACAUUUCUAUAACCUCUCUCAUACAAAAAUUAAACACAUUUUAUUUAUUAGGCUGUAUUAUUAUUAAGGUACCCUGCUUCCCUUGCCUCCUCGGAAAUAUCACCACUGAUAAAAACUGCGAUAACUAUCUAUUGAGUUAAGCUUGAAGUACUUGCAAACAACUAUUAAUAGUUAUGAGCUAAAUUAAAUUUAUUUGAUGUAUCAACAACAUUAUCAUAAAGGUCUUUGAUUGUUGAUGUUACCAAAUGAACAUGGUUGAUUUUCCUUUAUUUUUUAAAUUUUCAUUAUAUUAAUUUUUUGAUGAUUAAAACAGAAUGCUACUUUGGGAUUGCGAUGAUCGCUAUUAUAGUUACUAUAUUGAAGUGUCAGUGAACAUGUGUGAUUGGGAAUUAAUUGUUGACAAAUCUAAAGAGCUUGUUAGAUCCUGGCAAGUAUUGCAGUUCAGUUCACGACCUAUUGUAUUUAUUCGUAUUACUGGUACAUUCAAUUCAGCUAAUGAAGUAAGUUUGUUUAACCAAGUAAAACUAUAAUUUAUUAUAACACUAUUAAAAUGUUUGAGGAUAUUUAUUUUUAUUUUUUACAGGUUUUUCAUUGUGUUCAUUUGGAGGCACCAGCACAAGUUCCAUUAGAAGACACUACGAUAAUCAAAGUUGAACAAGAAAUUACAAAUAUGCAUAUUUCAAAAAAAUCAGUAAGUAAAAUUCUAGUUCAAGUUGUAAGUAAGCACACAUAUUUAACAUUAAAAUGACAAAACAAUUAUUUCUUUUAUAUUUAUGAAAAGUAUUAUGAUCACUAUAAUUUAUAUUAUAAACCAUAAUACACUAUGAAGCAUGAAGUUGGUUUUCUGCAGUCUGUAGGGAAUAGCGCAUUCCUCUUUGGUCAUCUUGCUCAGUACUUGCACUGAGCAUGUGCAAAGUAUUAAUCAGGUUAUGCCAUAAAAGUUUUUAGAAAAUUGUAUACAUUGUUUUUAAUACCUAAUACCAAUAUUUUUGGUAGCAGUGAAUGCUACAUUAUAAUGCCAUUAGGCUAGAUCGUACUGCACAACUGCAUUCCACCUGAAUGUCCAUCUAUAAAUGUACACAAAUAGUUUUCCGAAUAAAAGAAGCCUCUUUGUUGGAUCACACUGACAUAAAUCUUGAUUAUUACAAGCACAAUAAAAUAUUGGCUUGAUAAUAACUGUUAAAUUUGUUUAUUGACAAUUGACCACUAGUCUGCCAAAAUGAUUGAAUUAAAAUAUUAUUAGCAUACAAAUAUUAGAUAUAUCUUACAUUUAAUGUAAUAAUUGUUACUGUACUUGUUUUUAGAACAAUUAUGAUCCAAAUGAGUCAGCAGAUUCAUCAUCAGCAGUAGAAAUUCCAGCAACUGCAGAGAGUGGACCAUCUAUUUGAAUUUUUAUAUUUUACUACAGCGUUUGCUAAUGUUCCUUUGUGUGUUUUCCAUUAUAGACUGACUGUUAAAUCAAAUUAUUUAUUUUUUUGAAAUUUACAAUAUUAAUUAUUUGUUCAUUCUUUACCUAUAUAUUUUAGUUUUCCAUUUUUCAUAAAAAUGUUGCUUAUAUUAUCUACCAAAUUAUUAUUAUUACAAUUAUUUAUUUUGUUUUUUCUCAGUGAUUGCAGGUAAACUAAAUUUUGUAUUACGAUUAUAUUAUAUUUGUUGAUUGAAAAUGAUGAUUAUUUCUAUUCUUAUAUUAUAAAUCCUAC